AUGUCGUCGACUCAUCAUCCCACCAACCCUGUCACCCAGCUAGAGUCCAAUCAACCUGUCCGCGAAGAUGCCAUGAUGCAGUUCAGAGAGAUCGCUCCUGAUCGCAAGAGAGAGCACGAGUCAAACCUAGGCCUUCCUACACCACUCGCACCCUCGCAACCUAACGUCAAAAGAACCAAAACCGAACAGGCAUGUUCCAAUUGCAGAGCGCUCCGUCGCAAAUGCAACGGAGGUAGCCCCUGCAAAACCUGUCAAGAGAACUCCCUUCCUUGUCACUAUGGAGGCGACGUUCGUGCCCCGGAGAAACUCACGCUGGCAAAAGCGAUGAAGAGAAUUGCCCAGCUUGAGGACCGCUUGCGUAUUUAUGAGGGAUACACCGCAGGACAGAGUCAAAAUGAAGCAGGCUUGAGUCCUCCUCGCCAUUCCGACCAAGUAUACGCGACUGCCACCGAAGCAAGUCGGAGUGAGGACGACAUGGCUCAGUUGUUGCGAGGCGUAAACUAUCUGACCAUCUCAAGAAACCCCGAGUUCUACGGAGGAUCGUCAUCGAAUGCUAUCAUCAGUGCUGUGGAAGCAACAGAAGAAUUAGGAGAUCAGUCGUCUACCUCUCGGAUGGAAUGGCCCCUCAACAGAGCUAGCCUGUGGCUUGAGAAUGCCGCCAACCUUAGGUUUGCCAAAGUUGCAGGAUCAUCGCUCCCUCCAAGACCGGUUGCGGACGACUAUGUCAACCGAUACUUCCAGACUGCCCAUCGGCUAUACCCUAUUUUGAAUCGCAUCAGUUUCAUGGAACGUUACCGAAACUUCUGGGAAGGCCUUCCCACGGAAGGAAAAGGGUAUGAACUCUGGGCAGCUGUCUUGUACAUGGUCCUUGCCCACGGUCAUCAAUGCAGCACUGUCGACCCAGAUGAUCGAGUCAGAAAUGAUGCUCUUGCUUCACAACAUGGUGAGACCUGCUUCAACCUGGCCAAAUCCACCUUUGUCGAUGUACCCUUUUCUGGUGGCGACAUGUCUGCGGUGAACUCCAUGUUCCUCGCCUUUGUUUGGCUCUUCAACCAACAGAGGUUGCACGAGGCAUACGCAAUGCUUGGGACUUCAGCAAGGAUCGGCUACGCCAUUGGCCUGCACAGAGAGCUCAAGUCGGUUGACGCUCAUGUUCUUGAUACUAAUGGCUGGUGUGCAACUUGGUGGUGCCUAUUCAUAUAUGAAACGGAACUCGCGACGCUAUCUGGUCGCCCUUGUGGCAUCCAACCACGAGAGGUUGACGUAAGACCAUUUCCUCUGGAUACCUCGCCUAUUGACCUCCAAUAUCUUGAGCGUAUGCGGCAAUUUUCCUACUUGGCUUGGGAUGCGUAUGAACAAGUUUACUCACUGGCCUUCAAACAUUCUGGAGUCAGCGAACGUGCAGCGGCCCUUCGUGCAGCAGAUGGAGCCAUUUGCGCAUGGUAUGACGGUUGGUAUCAUGACUCUACAUGGUCAAAGGAGCCUCAUGGACUUGUUAUUCGACUGCGUUACCUAAAUCUGAGGAUCCUCCUGUACCGAGCCUUCCUCAACUUGGUCGUGCAGAAAAGAGAAAAGCAGAUGGAAGUGAAGGAAGAGUCAGUCGUGGCGGCUGCAAGGUGCAUCGAGAUGGCGAUGUCACUUAUCCAUGUUACCACCACUUCCAUCAACGUUGGGAGUUCUGGUACCCUCCAAGCAGCCCUGUUUCAUACUAUGGGUUAUCUUUGGAAUGCGACACUUGCGCUUCUACUUUAUGUGAGAAGCGAAUCCACCCAUGAUCUUCUGGCGGCCACGAUCCCUGACCGCGGCAAAAUCAUCGACACUAUCGAAUCUGCCGCGGUGUUCUUCACUAGGCAUCAGGAAGCCUUACCGUUUGCUCGUGUGGCUUCUGAAAAGAUCCGGCGGUUGUUAAAAAAGGUAGCCACCGGGUAUGUCUCAAGUGACACUCCGAGUACCUCGACAGACAUCCAUGCUGGGUUCGCUGUCCCCAACCUGGAGUCACCGGAUCGAAUCUUGAAUUUCGUUCCGGGAUUUGACGUUCCAGCAUUUGAUAUCCCUCGGUUCAAUUUUGAGACGGCCUUUCCAGGAUCCUCGCCACCAGUCGAGCUCCCGGGCCUUGAGGGUCGAGAAGACAAUCGUGCUAACCCUCAUUGGAUUCCCGAAGGCGAAGGGUUCUAUUUCUAUGGCUCUCCUGACGCAGGAUAGCAG